CAAAAAUGUCAAAAUAAAUGAAGUAAAUGCUUGCUUGCUGCAAAAUAAUAUUACUAUUUCUUGUAAUAUUUAGGAAUUCCGGAUAAUUCCUGAUGAUACCGACGUCGGUUCAUGUUUUACAAUAAUUAUGAUUCCUUCCUAAUAAAUCUAUAAAAGUAGUAUCUACGACAACAUGGAAGUAAUUCAUGAAUCCCUGCGAGAGCAAACACUGCAGAGUUCAGUUGAAGAUCUACCCGAUGAGGUUCUAGAAUUCAUACUUGGAUUUUUACCACCAUACAAAGAUUUGCAGAAUUGUAUGACAGUAUGUAGACGAUGGUACAAUUGCGGUCAAAAUGUAUUGCGCAAAACAUCCCUGAAACUUGUUAAAGCAGUAGGAGAAUUCAAUAUCUUAUGGAAAAAUAUUGCUCCAACUGACAUGGUACCAACAAUCACAAAAAGAUUUUCACAUGCAGCUUGUGUGUUGGAGAAUAACAUGUACAUAUUUGGUGGUUGUACCACAAAUGCAACCUCAUUCAAUGAUUUAUGGCGAUUCGACCUAUCAAAAAGGAAAUGGAUAAGACCAUUGGCUACUGGAACUUAUCCUGUUCCUAAAGCUUACACUUCAAUGGUUCACUAUAAAGAUUAUUUAAUAGUAUUUGGGGGAUGGACAUAUCCUUCAUUGUCACAAUAUUACCAAAAUGUUACAAUGUUCAAUGAAAUGCAUUUUUACUGUGUCAACACAAAUAAAUGGAUAUUAUUCAAUGCCCAUAACCCCCCACCCCCAAUGGCAGGACAUUCUGCUUGUAUAAAAGGUGAUGAAAUGGUUGUCUUUGGGGGUCUGGUCAUGUCGCCUGUUCAAAAUUUUCAAAUACAAUGUUCAAAUGAUAUAUGGGUGCUUGAUAUUCCUACUGCUACAUGGAGAAAACAAGCUACAACUAAACCACGGCCAUCUCCAAGAUAUGCCCAAUCACUUAUCCGCAUAGAUUCAGAGAGAUUGUUAUUACUAGGUGGAGUACAAACUUUACACAACAGAUUUGUUUAUAGUGAUUGUUGGAUGUUGACCAUGAAAGGUCCAACUUGGACCUGGAAAGAACUUGCAGUGAAAAAUAAGGAGUGGGCCUCUGCCAACAUCUGGUGCAACCCAGCAUGCAGGGUUGGUGACAAGGUUGUAAGUCUGAGUAGAAGUAGGAACGGAUGGAAUACAGCAAAGCCUUUGGUCACCUCUGCUGUACGAUUAUCUGCACUGAGUAGACCUGAGGGAGCACCAGUAUCCGUUAGAGUGGAACAAAGCUUACAGAGACCCUUAGAUAGAGAUCAGAAUAUAAAUGGAAGACGUGGUGUGCUGCCCAGACAAGCUUCUGUUAAUACAGCAAGACAACAGGUCUCUCCAAAUCCUCCUAAUAAUGAACCUGUAGCAGGUCCUAGUCGUGAAAAUGAUAUCCAAAAUCCCUCAACAUCAAAAGAAAACAGUGAUUCUGAAAAUAGUAAUGCAGGAGCUGGACCCAGUUCUGAAUCUAAACAAUCUGGAAGUGGACUAGAUCUUGGAAAGAAGGAUUCAACCUUACGACGAAAUAAAACAAAGAACAAAGGGAUGAAGAUUGUAAGGCAAUUGCAAGAAGCAAAUAAAUAUAGGAUGGCUGCAUUUGCAUGUGAUCCAGCUGUUAAUGAGUCACCCCCUGAAAAUGAUCUCAUAAAUCAAAGACAAAUUGCUCACUUAGAAAAUAGGAGAGAACAAGAUUCACCACCACCAAACCAACAUAGGCCGCCAGCAGUGAAGAAAAUUAAAAGAAAUACUUUGACUAUGCAUGUUUUAGAUAUUUCAACAAUUCUAGAUGGAAAUUCACUCAAUUAUGUUUCAUGGCUAUGCCCUCGUUUAGGCGAAAUGAGUGGAGCUCCAGAGGAAUUAGUUAUGUAUUCAUUGGUGAAAGGAAAUGGUGAAUUGAUAAUGUUUGGCGGUGUUCAUAAUGAUAUUAGUGUUUUGAAUUAUUCAGAACAUCAAAAUUUGUAUUCUAACUCUCUACAUUUUAUUACACCUCCUAGAGAUAUAAUUUAACCAACUAUCAUAUACUGAGCUUUAUUUUCUUUUCUUUAAUAAUAUUGACAUAAUAACAGCUACAUAUUUUAAGCUAUUUGACAUCAUGUAUCUGCAAAGAAUACUCUCUUUAUUUUUCUCAAGCUCAAAUUAGAAACCUAACUAGUAUGUAUCCCUAAGCACUAUAUUCAAUUUAAUUAGAUGUUCAUUCAAAACAUCUUUACUUACACUAAUAUAAUUACAUGUAUGUAUAUUAUUACUUUUACCAUAAUCUAAUUAUGCAAAAAGUUUGUUGGAACACAAUAUUAUUAUCGAAAACAAAUCAGCUAUGAUUCAAAUUAAAUUAAAAACUGUGUUCUGUGAUUUAUGUUGUAAAUAAAGAAGAGGCUUGUGUAUAGGAAAGUGUAAAAUUUAAGCUUUUGUCAAUAAACUGAUUUAUUUGUA